CCUCGGGGCGGGGCCGGGCGGUGACGCGCGGGGCCGGGGUAGCAACAGUUGCCUCGAGACCCGGCGCCCGGCGCCAUAGUGACCGUAGCCCUGGAGACUGUUACUUGCCAACGGCGGCAACGCGCGGCCCCGGCGGCCGGAGCCCAGCGCAGCCCGCGGCACCCGGCGGGGACGGCAGCAGUGAGCAUGCAGAGUCCAGAGGGUGGAUCAGACUCAGCAGCUUCUGUGGCUCUUCACACGUCGGCCCCAGCGCAGGCACCAGUGGUGCAGCCAGUGCCAGCCUCGCAGCAGAGGGUUUUGGUCCAAGCCACAGGCUCCGCUCCCAAAGGGGCUCAGAUGCAGCAAAUCUCUGUUCCCAGAGUCCAGCAGGUUCCACAGCAGGUGCAGUCUGUGCAGCACAUUUAUCCAGCCCAGGUGCAGUAUGUGGAAGGAGGAGAAGCUGUUUACACCAAUGGAACCAUACGAGCUGCCUACUCCUACAGCAGCGAGGCGCAGAUUUACGCCCCCGCCGGCGCCGCGCCCUAUUUCGAAGCGCAGGGAGGAGGUGGAGCUCAGGUGACUACAGCGACAUCCUCUCCUACAGCCAUUCCCUCUCACAACAUGGUGGGCAUCACCAUGGACAUUGGGGGAAGUCAGAUCCUCUCCGGCUCGGGAGCCUAUCUCAUUCAUGGGGGGCUGGAGAACUCUAGACAUUCUCUGUCCCACACCUCACGCUCCUCUCCAGCAACGCUUGAAAUGGCGAUUGAAAACCUACAAAAAAAUGAAGGGAUUACAUCACACAAAAGCAGUUUGCUCAACAGCCAUCUGCAGUGGCUGCUGGAUAACUACGAGACAGCAGAAGGAGUGAGCCUGCCCCGGAGCUCCCUGUACAACCAUUACCUGAGGCACUGCCAGGAGCACAAGCUGGACCCCGUCAACGCCGCCUCCUUCGGCAAACUCAUCCGCUCCGUCUUCAUGGGGCUGAGGACUCGGCGCCUGGGCACCAGGGGAAAUUCCAAAUAUCACUACUACGGGAUCCGCCUGAAGCCGGAGUCGCCGCUGAACCGCCUGCAGGAGGACACGCAGUACAUGGCCAUGAGGCAACAGCCCAUCCACCAGAAGCAAAGGUACAGAGCAGCCCAGAAGAUGGAUGGGAUGGCAGAGAGUGCCUCCAACAGCAACCCCCACACCACACCCGAGCAGUCAGUGGCUGCUCAGUGCCAGCACCACCAGCAGUUCAUAGAUGUAACCCAUGUCUUUCCUGAGUUCCCAGCCCCUGAUCUCAGUAAUGUCCUCUUACAAGAAGGUUUCACCUUGAACGACGUGAAAACCCUGCAGGUUCUCUACAGGAGGCACUGUGAGGCCACUUUGGAUGUGGUGAUGCACCUCCAGUUCCACUACAUCGAGAAGCUGUGGCAAUCCUUCUGGAGUCCCAAGGCACCCCCUAGUGAUGGCCCCACUGCUCUGCCUUCCAGUGAAGAGGAACCUGAAGGGACCCUCCCAAAGGACAAACUGAUCACCCUGUGCAAGUAUGAGCCCAUCCUCAAGUGGAUGAGGAGCUGUGACCACAUCUUGUACCAGGCCCUGGUGGAGAUCCUCAUCCCUGACGUGCUCAGGCCAGUGCCCAGCACGCUGACCCAGGCGAUCCGGAACUUUGCCAAGAGCUUGGAAGGGUGGCUGAUGAAUGCCAUGAGUGAAUUCCCCCCCCAGGUCGUGCAGACCAAGGUGGGGGUGGUGAGUGCCUUUGCCCAGACCCUGCGCAGGUACACGUCCCUGAACCACCUGGCGCAGGCGGCGCGCGCCGUGCUGCAGAACACGUCCCAGAUCAACCAGAUGCUCAGCGACCUCAACCGCGUGGACUUCGCCAACGUGCAGGAGCAGGCCUCGUGGGUGUGCCAGUGUGAGGAGGGCAUGGUACAGAAGCUGGAGCAGGAUUUCAAGCUGACUCUGCAGCAGCAGAGCUCUCUGGACCAGUGGGCCAGCUGGCUGGACAACGUGGUCACUCAAGUGCUGAAGCACCACGAGGGCAGCCCCAGCUUCCCCAAGGCAGCCAGGCAGUUCCUGUUGAAGUGGUCCUUCUACAGCUCCAUGGUGAUCCGGGACCUCACCCUGCGCAGCGCCGCCAGCUUUGGCUCCUUCCACCUGAUCCGCCUGCUCUACGACGAGUACAUGUUCUACCUGGUGGAGCAUCGAGUGGCCCAGGCCACAGGGGAGACCCCAAUUGCUGUCAUGGGAGAGUUUGGUGACCUCACAUCCCUGUCCCCAACUCUGCUGGACAAAGAUGACAUCAACGAGCUGGGCACGGAGGUGGAGCCGGAGCGGGCGCUGGGAGAGCCGCUGGUGAAACGGGAGCGCAGCGAGCCCGGCCACUCCCUGCAGGACAUCUGACCCGGGGCUGCCCCGAGCCAGGCGGGGCUGGCCAGGCUGCGCCUCCCGGAGCCGCGUUAUUAUAGUGCCUCUUAGUUUCUC